UUGAGGACCCCUGGUCUAGUGUGUGGCACGGGCAGGGUCUUGACGUGGGCUCUCCAGCAGCACAUCCUGUGUUCUGGGUGAAGCUCUGAGGGCGUAGGGACCCUCCUGGACACUGGCUCUGUUUACAGAGCCAGAGAUGGAGAGCUGGGGGGCAGCAUGGGCCUUGGGCCCCCUCCAACCGCCCGGGAGGCCCCGGCUUCUCACUGAGCCCUGCCACCCAUCUUUGUCAUGGUCUCUCCCUAAGCCCCUCAACUGCCUCCUUACCCACAAAAGUGGUCCCUGAUAGCCACUUGCUCCAGUGGGACCCACCCCCUUAUGGCUAUGGCUUCCAAAAUAGGGUUGGACCCCUGAUCCUGACCUACCUGUGGCAAUCAAGCUCCUUCCUGGGGUCUUUGGAAUUGAUGGGGUCAUGCCCAGUUGUGCUGGGAAUGUACACUGUCCCCAGGCCGGACUCUGGUCUUGGAGGCAGUUCGGCUCUGCCUGCGCCUGGAAGCGCAAAGAACUUGACUGCAGCGAGGACGUGAAGGCGGACAGAGAGCAACAGCCCAUCUCUAGGGCUUUUUCUUUUCCUCGUCCCUGGCCUUCUAAGUCCAGUGAGUCCUCUCCCCUACUUCCCUGUGCCUGAGUUCUGUGAAAUACCCUUGCAUUUGUAUAACCAUUCUUAUUUUUACCUCAAACCAGCACAAGUUGGUCUCUUGUCCUUGUACCCAAAGAGAGGAGCCCCUAAUGACUAAAGGUAUAGAUUCUGCAGCCAGAUUGCCGGGCUGGAAUCCUGGAUCUGCCGCUUUCUAGCUGUGCUCUUGGGCUUCCUGCACUUGCUGCGGCCCAACCUCCCCAUCUAUCUGCUCGGCCUGACCCAGAAAUUCGGGCCUAUCUACAGGCUGCGCCUCGGGCUGCAGGAAGUGGUGGUGCUGAACUCCAAGAGGACCAUUGAAGAAGCCAUGGUCAGAAAGUGGGUGGACUUUGCCGGCAGACCCGAGAUGCUGUCCUACAAGCUGGCGUCUCAGGGCUACCCGGACCUGUCCCUAGGGGACUACUCCCUGCUCUGGAAGGCCCACAAGAAACUUACCCGCUCAGCCCUAUUGCUGGGCAUUCGCAGCUCCAUGGAGCCCGUGAUGGAGCGGCUGACCCAGGAGUUCCUCGAGGUGAGGCCAGGCUUCCACUGCCGCCGCAGGCCAGCUGCACCUCUCUGGCAGCCCCUGCCCUGCCCGCUCAGCUCCUGCCCCUUCCCUUCUCAGCGCCUGAGAGCACAGGCCAGCACCCCUGUGGCCAUCCAGAAGGAAUUCUCUUUCCUCACCUGCAGCAUCAUCUGUUACCUCAUCUUUGGAGACAAGAUCAAGGACAACUUGUUACAUACCUUUCAUGACUGUGUUCAGGAGGUGAUGACACUCUGGGACCACUGGGCCACCCAAAUUGUGGACAUAAUUCCCUUUCUCAGGUUCUUCCCUAAUCCAAGUCUUCGGAGGCUGAAGCAGGCCAUGGAGAAGAGGGACCAUUUCGUAGAGAAGCAGCUGAGGUGGCACAAGGAGAGCCUGGUGGCAGGCCAGUGGAGGGACAUGAUAGACUACAUGCUCCAAGAGGUGGCCCUGCCCAGAGUGGAAGAGAGCCCUGGACAGCUCCUUGAAGGGCAUGUGCACAUGUCUGUGGUGGACCUUCUUAUAGGUGGCACUGAGACCACGGCGACCACCCUCUCCUGGGCUGUGGCCUUCUUGCUUCACCACCCUGAGGUGUGCCCUGGGGCAGGCAAAAUCUCCUUCCUGGAAGCCUGGGGGGACCCAGCUGGCUCGGCUCUGGGCACUGCACCUGAGUCAGGCUGUGCUUGCCCAGAGGUGGCACCUCUCCUAAUUGGCACAAAGGCUCCACUGGAUGGCUGGGCAGCUGGGGGCUGGCUGGGCAGGGCUCAGACCCUGGGCGUCCCCACUUCCCAGAUUCAGCGGCGACUGCAGGAGGAGCUAGACCUUGAACUGGGCCCCAGUGCCUCUGGCUCCUGGGUCUCCUACAAGGACCGCGAGCGGCUGCCCUUGCUCAAUGCCACCAUUGCUGAGGUGCUGCGCCUGCGGCCCGUUGUGCCCUUGGCCUUGCCCCACCGCACCACACAGCCCAGCAGCAUCUUCGGCUAUGACAUCCCCGAGGGCACAGUUGUCAUCCCCAACCUCCAAGGUGCCCACCUCGACGACACAGUCUGGGAGCGGGCACAUGAGUUCUGGCCAGACCGCUUCCUGCAGCCAGGCAAGAGCCCCAGAACGCUGGUGUUCGGGUGCGGGGCCCGCCUGUGCCUGGGCGAGCCGCUGGCGCGCCUGGAGCUCUUUGUGGUGCUGGCCCGGCUGCUGCAGGCCUUCACGCUGCUGCCCGUGGGCGCCCUGCCCUCCCUGCAGCCCCAGCCCUACUUCAGCCUUAACCUCGAGAUUCGGCCUUUCCAGGUGUGGCUGCAGCCCCGGGGGAUGGGUGGCCCCAACUUGGGCAAGCGCUAGUGACAGGGCAGGACCAGU